GAAGUUCUGUCAAAAAAGGUAAAAAUGGCUAGUGUAGGGUUUAGGUGGUUGGAUAUUUUAGAAAAAGAGUUUGAUAAAGCUUUCGUGGAUUUAGACUUGGCCAUAGGAGAGUUGGAAUCUGAGGAACCUGAUGUUGUUUUUAAUGUUAGACAGAAAUUGUGCACACUUAGUUCAUGUUUUGCACAAUUGACACACAAAUCACAAACAAUAUUUCAAAAUAGUGCUAAAGUUGAGGCCGAACUGAUUCACAUGAGAACCGAAUUGGUGGAUUCCAAGGCGAAAAGAGAGGUUUUGGAAAGGGAACUGCACUGUCUGCUGUUGCAGCUGCACACGCAACAACUGGCCAAAUUGCCCGAGAGCAAGUUGUCCGGCAAAAAGGAUCAACAUUUUAUUCCAGAUGUAAAUAAUAUUAAGAAAAAGUUCGAGGCCGAAAUCAAACAAAGUCCUGUACACUUGGUUUCUGUUUCAAAUAGUUUAGAUGAAUUAAAACUAAAUCCGACUUCGCUGGAAAACGCAACAUACAAAGCGGAAAAUGCUCAACUACAAUUGGAAAACGCUACGCUUAGAAACUCGAUGUUAGCAUUGAGUAGCGAGGUUUACGGAGCUAAAUUGGCAGCUAAAUACUUGGACAAAGAAUUGGCAGGACGAAUACAGCAACUACAAUUGCUAGGACGUGAGAUGCGAGGCGAUGUCAGAAACAAACUUUGGAGACAAUUGGAAUCUGAAAUUCUCCUUCAAAGGCACAAGACUGUAGUUAGGGCUUGUAGAAGAAACAGCAUAUUAAAUGGUAACAGUAAAGUAGCCAAACCGGAAACGGAACAGAAUGGCGAAAGUAGCCAACAGAAUUUCGGUGAUAUAAGGACGGUGGUAGUGAAAAGAAAACCUGGUCAAGGAUUAGGCAUUAGUAUAACAGGUGGAAGAGAGCAUGGCGUGCCAAUUUUAAUCUCGGAGUUGGAACCUAACGGUCCAGCCGCCACUUGCCAGCAACUGUACAUCGGCGACGCCAUUUUGUACGUGAACGAUCGUGAUUUGAGACACGCGUGCCAUAGAGAGGCUGUAGGAAUAUUGCAACAGCAAACCGGCGACUGCGUCCUACAGGUUCAAUACGUCGCCGCCGACGACAGCGACAAUUCCUUGGAGGAUGACGGCUAUAGUUUUAGGUUUUUUGAUGAUGAAGUGUGUGAAACUAACGGUACGCUAAAUCCGCGUGAAAAUAGCGACGAAAUUUUGAACACGCCGACUGCGCCAAGAACACCUGAAUCAACGGCAACUAGUCGGUGAGUGACACAAGCACCUUAAUCAGACCAGUCAAACCAUUUCCUAAAUCUACACGAACUAAUUUUAUUAGUACGGUUUUAAAGUAUUAUGCACGUGCAAUAUAUGUGAUUUCCAAUUUUUAUAGAUAAUGAUUAUUGUAACUUUAUCUAUUUUGUAAAUAUAAACAAUUUAGCCUAAGUUUAUAAUAGUAGACUGUAAGUGUUGC